AUGAAACUCUACAUUAUCGUCAUUAGUCUUCACUGCAGUAGUCUUGAAAUCUUCCAUGUAUGUGAUAUUGUUCCUUCUGUCCAGGCAGGCAAUGUGGUGACAGGAGAGAUGGUAGAAGAACUUAUUCUUUCUGGAGCAGAUAUUAUUAAAGUGGGUAUCGGACCAGGUUCUGUGUGUACCACUCGGAUUAAGACAGGGGUGGGCUAUCCACAGCUAAGUGCUGUUAUUGAGUGUGCAGACUCAGCACAUGGCUUGAAAGGACAUAUCAUCUCUGACGGCGGGUGCAGCUGCCCAGGAGAUGUCGCCAAAGCCUUUGGAGCCGGUGCUGAUUUUGUCAUGCUUGGAGGAAUGUUUGCAGGCCAUGACCAGUGUGCUGGAGAGAUUAUGGAAAAGAAUGGCAAGAAGGUGAAACUCUUCUAUGGAAUGAGCUCUGAUACAGCCAUGAAGAAGCAUGCAGGAGGGGUUGCUGAAUACAGGGCUUCGGAGGGCAGAACUGUGGAGGUACCGUACCGAGGGGACGUGGAACUCACCAUCCUGGACAUCCUCGGUGGGCUGCGCUCCACCUGCACCUACGUGGGAGCUGCCAAACUCAAGGAACUGAGCAGGAGAACUACGUUUAUCCGGGUCACCCAGCAGCACAGCCAGGUCUUCUCUUAGUCUGGCACUGGGGGGGCUGGAGAGAGAGGGGUGGGGGAGAGGAGCAGGAAGGGCUGCUGUUUUGUUUUGCAUUCUCCUUCAUGUUGUGUUAGUGGCAAACUCUCCUCUCUCGGCACGGCAGUGUCAUAGCCAUUGGAGGGGCUAUGGCUGGGGUUUGGAAGGGGAAAGUCGUGCCAUUAACACCAUGCCAUUGGUUCAGGAUGCAAUAGCCUCAUCUUUUAUUGUGCCUACUUUAUUUUUUAAUCAACAUU